AUGAAACCGCUUUCCUCCAACGACAACCCCUGGGACCCUUCAACCUUCCUCUUCAUCGCCACCAUCCUCGGAACCUUCAUAUUCCUCGCCGCGUUCGUAGCCUUCCUCCGCCGCUGCACAGAGCCAUACUUUACUCAACAACAGAGCAAUAUCACACACUUGCCCUGUUCCUGCUGCAACGGCGGCAUCAGCCCCGACAUCCUCGAAACCUUCCCCAUCGUGUUCUAUUCCAGCAUCAAGGACCUCAGAAUCCGCAAAGAAGCUCCGCUAGAGUGUGCCGUCUGCCUCACCGAGUUCACCGGCAACGACACUCUUCGGUUGCUUCCACACUGCAACCACGUGUUCCACCCUCCCUGCAUCGACGCCUGGCUCUCUUCCCACGUCACCUGCCCCGUUUGCCGCGCCAAUCUCAACCAAUAUCCCUCCCAAGUCGCCAUUUCGGUGAUAACACAAUUGAGCGGCGAGGGAGAAGAAGAACACGAAGAAGACGGUUCUGGAAACAGAGCAGAACAGAGCGUGGGUGGCGAGAGCAUAAUUGAGGGGAGCCCGUUGGCGCGUGACGCGAGUGAGGGACAGCGGAACAACGAAGAAGAUAAAGGGAUGCCGGAAAGAGCGGCAAAAGGGAAGCUUGGUGGGAAGGGGAGGGUUCUGAAGAGGUCGAAUACGACGGGGCACUCGGUGGUGGAGGCAGGAGAGUGUAUGGAGAGGUAUACGCUGAGGUUGCCGGAGGAUGUGAGGAGGUACAUUAUGGUGAACCAUGGGGUGAUGAUGACGCAGCGUUCGGCGAGCUACAACGCGGCGGAGUGUUCGAAGAAAGGAUUGUGUUGGAGUGACACGGAAGGAGGUAGCAGCAGAGGUAAGAAGGGUCAGAGCUCUGUUAGAGGGAAGGGAAGAGUAUGGAAGAAUAAUGGAGGGCAGUGA